AUGGCCGAAUCAAAUUCUCAUGAACAUUUUUCGUCUAGUAAUCAUGACCAAGAUCCCUACUCGUUAUCCAUUAAUGGGAAUGGUAACGGUGCUACCAAUUCAGUGUCAAAUGAUACUUUACAACAAGAUAUUUCUCCACCUCAAAGUCCAAAAAAACCAAAUUAUCAACUAAAAUACAGUUUGGUUGGACAUAAAAAAGCAGUUUCUAGUGUCAAGUUCUCUCCCGAUGGAAAGUGGUUAGCAAGUGCAUCUGCUGAUAAAACAAUAAAAAUUUGGAAUGCUAAUGAUGGCAGAUAUGAAAGAACUUUUAAUGGGCAUACACAAGGAAUAUCAGACGUGGCAUGGGCUGUCGAUUCUAUGUCCCUAUGCUCGGCUUCCGAUGAUACAACGAUACGAAUAUGGCAUUUGAAUCAGAAUGAAGCCAUCAAAGUUCUCAAAGGACAUUCGAAUUAUGUCUUCUGCGUUAAUUACAAUCCACAGUCGAGUUUGAUUGUAUCCGGUUCUUUUGACGAAAGUGUGAGAAUCUGGGAUGCCAGAAAUGGCAAAUGUUUGAAGACAUUACCUGCUCAUUCUGACCCAGUUUCAGCUGUUCAUUUCAAUCGAGAUGGAACAAUGAUUGUAUCAUGUAGUUACGAUGGUCUAAUUCGUAUUUGGGACACUGCAACGGGUCAAUGCCUAAAAACAUUGGUGGAUGACGAUAACCCUCCAGUUUCAUAUGUUAAAUUCUCACCUAAUGGUAAAUACAUUCUUGCUUCAACACUUGACAACACUUUGCGCCUUUGGAACUUUCAUUCUGGGAAAUGCUUGAAAACGUAUGUUGGUCAUACAAAUAAUAAAUAUUGCAUCUUUUCGAGUUUUUCUGUCACGGGAGGAAAGUGGAUCGUAAGCGGAAGUGAAGAUAACUGCAUUUACAUUUGGAAUUUGCAAACCAAGGAAAUUGUACAAAAAUUGGUGGGACAUUCCGAUGUCGUUCUUACCAUUGCAUGCCAUCCAACGAAAGAUAUCAUUGCGUCUGGUGCAAUCGGAAAUGAUAGAUCUGUCAAGUUAUG